GACCCAUCCGGCGCCAUCUUGUCUUGUUCAUGAAGAAGUAGAAGCAUCGAAAGGUUGGAGAGAAUUACAGGAACGGUGGCGACAGCGGUAUUCCGGAACCGGAGCGGGAACUUAAAGGAUGUGGGAUCAAGGAGGACAGCCUUGGCAGCAAUGGCCCUUGAACCAGCAACAGUGGAUGCAGUCAUUUCAGCACCAGCAAGAUCCAAGCCAGAUUGACUGGGCUGCUUUGGCCCAAGCUUGGAUUGCACAAAGAGAAGCCUCAGGACAGCAAAGCAUCGUAGAACAACCACCAGGGAUGAUGCCAAAUGGACAGGAUAUGUCUGCAAUAGAGUCUGGUCCAAAUAAUCACGGCAGUUUUCAAGGGGAUUCAAAUUUUAACAGAAUGUGGCAACCAGAAUGGGGACUGCAUCAGCAGCCCCCACACCCCCCUCCAGAUCAGCCAUGGAUGCCUCCCGCGCCAGGCCCAAUGGAUAUUGUUCCUCCUUCUGAAGACAGCAACAGUCAGGACAGUGGGGAGUUUGCCCCUGACAACAGGCAUAUAUUUAACCAGAACAAUCACAACUUUGGUGGACCACCAGAUAAUUUUGCAGUGGGGCCAGUGAACCAGUUUGACUAUCAGCAUGGGGCUGCUUUUGGUCCACCACAAGGUGGAUUUCAUCCUCCUUAUUGGCAACCAGGACCUCCAGGACCUCCAGCGCCUGCCCAGAACCGAAGAGAGCGUCCACCGUCCUUCCGGGACCGGCAGCGCUCCCCUAUUGCACUGCCCGUGAAGCAGGAGCCUCCACAAAUUGAUGCAGUAAAACGCAGGACUCUUCCAGCCUGGAUACGUGAAGGCUUGGAGAAGAUGGAACGUGAAAAGCAGAAGAAAUUAGAGAAAGAAAGAAUGGAACAACAGCGAUCACAAUUGUCAAAAAAAGAAAAGAAGGCCCCCGAAGAUGCUGAAGGAGGGGAUGGUCCUCGUCUACCCCAGAGAAGUAAAUUUGAUAGUGAUGAAGAGGAUGAAGAUGCUGAAAACCUGGAGGCGGUGAGCAGUGGGAAAGUCACGAGAAGUCCGUCUCCAGCUCCCCAGGAGGAGCACAGUGAGCCAGAGAUGAGUGAAGAGGAGAAGGAGUACCAGAUGAUGUUGUUGACAAAAAUGCUUCUAACUGAAAUUCUUCUGGAUGUCACAGAUGAAGAAAUUUAUUAUGUAGCUAAAGAUGCACAUCGGAAAGCAACGAAAGCUCCUGCAAAGCAGCUGGCACAGUCCAGUGCACUGGCCUCCCUCACCGGCCUUGGCGGACUGGGUGGUUAUGGAUCAGGAGACAGUGAAGAUGAGAGGAGUGACAGAGGUUCUGAAUCAUCCGAUACUGAUGAUGAAGAGUUACGGCACCGAAUCCGGCAAAAACAAGAAGCUUUUUGGAGAAAAGAGAAAGAACAGCAGCUGUUACAAGAUAAACAGAUGGAAGAAGAAAAGCAACAAACAGAAAGGGUUACAAAAGAGACGAAUGAAUUUAUUCACAGAGAGCAAAAUAGUUUAUCACUUCUAGAAGCAAGCGAAGCAGACGGUGAUGCGGUUAAUGAAAAGAAAAGAACUCCAAAUGAAGCUCCGUCAGUUUUAGAGCCCAAAAGAGAGCAUAAAGGGAAGGAGAAGGAGCGGAGGAGUAGGUCAGGCAGCAGCAGUAGCGGCAGCUCCAGUAGCAACAGCAGGACUAGCAGCAGUAGCAGCUCCGUCUCCAGCUCUUCCUACAGCUCCAGCUCAGGCAGCAGCUGCACGUCCUCGCGCUCCUCCUCUCCUAAGAGGAAAAAGAGACACAGUAGGAGCAGGUCUCCCACAGUGAAAGCCAGGCGGAGCAGGAGCAGGAGCUACUCUCGCAGAAUUAAAAUAGACAGCAGGACUAGGGUGAAGCUGAGAGAUAGGAGGAGAUCUAAUAGAAGUAGCAUUGAAAGACGAAGAAACCGGAGCCCUUCCAGAGACAGACGUAGAAGCAGAAGUCGCUCAAGGGAUAGACGAACCAAUCGUUCCAGUCGCAGUAGGAGUCGAGAUAGGCGUAAAAUUGAGGAUCCACGUGGAAAUCUUAGUGGGAACAGUCAUAAGCAUAAAGGUGAGGCUAAAGAACAAGACAGGAAGAAGGAGAGGAGUCGAAGUAUAGAUAAAGACAGGAGGAAGAAAGACAAGGAGAGGGACCGUGAGCAGGAUAAAAGAAAAGAAAAACAGAAAAGGGAAGAAAAGGAUUUUAAAUUCAGUAGUCAGGAUGAUCGCUUAAAAAGGAAGCGAGAAAGUGAGAGAACUUUCUGUAGGAGUGGUUCUAUCUCUGUUAAAGUCAUAAGACACGACUCUAGACAGGAUAGUAAGAAAAAUGCUACCAAAGAUAGUAAAAAGCACUCAGGUUCUGAUUCUAGCGGAAGGAGCAGUUCUGAAUCCCCCGGAAGUAGCAAAGGAAAGAAGGCUAAGAGGCCUAAAGAUAGCCGGUCGCGCUCCGUGGAGAAACCUCAAAGGUCUGGUAAGAAGGCAAGCCGCAAACACAAGUCUAAGUCCCGAUCAAGAUCAACAACCCCUCCCCGUCGUAAGCGCUGAGGAAUGAUGUGGCAAGAAUGCCAUGAUGCUGUUUUUAAAAAUUCCAUGAGUUUAAGGGCUUGUCUCAUUAUAGAGGCACAUUGUGGCUGUGUAGGUGAAACCAGAUUUUUUUUUUUAAUUGUGUAAAUAGGUGUCUUUUUCCAAAUGCUGCUUCAAGUUACUUAAUAGGAUUUCUUUGUAUUACAUUUUUUUCAAGAAAUAGUACUUAAUAAGACUAUAAAUAUGCCAUUCUCUUUCAGCUGUAAUGUUCUCAAAAUUAUUCUUGAAUGUACUGUGAUGUCAAUAAAGCUCUUUAGUUCAUUUUUGUUAAA